AAUGUUGAGUUAAAAAGUGCUUAGAUUUAUACAUUAAAAAAUUAGCUGAGGCAGUUGCGGUGGGCCAAGAGCAUGAGUCGCUUGCCUGGGCGCUGCCCGCUGUCCCGCUGCCCUCUGAGCGCAACCAUGUCCCAGGAGAAGCCCAAGGAGAGCGUGAAGAGGAAAAAGGACCACAUCAACCCUAAGGUUGCCGGGCAGGAUGGCUCCAGGGUCCAGUUCAAGAUCAAGAGACACGCACCGCUCCGCAAGCUGAUAAAGGCCUCCUGCCAGCGCCAGGGCUUGUCCAUGAGACGGAUUCGAUUCAGGUUUGAUGGACAACCAGUUAAUGAAACAGACACCCCAACACAGCUGGAGAUGGACGAUGAGAACACCAUCGAUGUGUUCCAGCAGCAGACGGAGGGGUGGGGGGUGGGGCUCCAGCGGGGCCAGCUGCCUCUUGGGGGAGGGGGCGGCCUCUAGAGCCCCCGUCCCCUCGUGGCGCCGGGCCGUGUUUGCUGUCGAACAGUGCACGUGUGGUCAAGCCCGUCGCAGGCAGGCUCGGACACCGAGGACAUUCCCCAGGAGGACUUUGCUCUGAUGCACUCAGCGCCACCGCGGCGACAGUCCCCAGCCUCCCUCGGCCUGUCCCCUGGUAACUUUGUUUGGGUAAAAUGCCCAUGUGAAGGGGGACUUGGGCUUUUUUUUUACUUAUUUGUUUUUUCCUCCCUCCUAUGACAUAUUCUCCCAACUUGUGACCUGAAUGCCUGCUUUCUGUCUAGAUGGGGAUCUUAACCCCAGGUGUUGAGCCCCCCCUCAUUCCAAUCAUGGAGAGAACUGUCACCACUCUGGGGGUGCUUCUAUGGGGCCAGUUUUGGGGUCACGGUCAGUAUGGGAGAUACACUUUCACUUACUGUUUAUUGGUGGCACGGGUUUUUUUUUUAAUGCUAAAUAUUAGAAAUGUAAGCUUUGCCAGAAUAUAGGAAAGUUGAAGAGGAAAGACUGGAAUGUUUCUUAAAGGUAUGAGGUUCUGCAGUAACACGGCCCUAGGUGGUGUAUGGGGCCCUGGACCCAUUGCCAUCAAUGGCUGGUGACACUGCUCGGACACAAUGAAAAUGGGCUUUUCCCCUCUUCUUAACAGAAAAGGAAGUAAGUCCCACACAUCUGCUGUGGUCACAGUGCCAAGGCCUCAGAUUUCCUCCAGUAUUUACUUCUGAUGAGUAACGAUGGUCUAUAUGUAAACUAGGAAGAUAGAAUACUGCUGAUUUUGCCGUUAUGUCUUUGUGUAAAAGAGCUGCUUCAAAGUGUGGCUACAAGUGAGAGAUGCCUCCGGGUUCUCUCCAAGGACCGUGCUCUGCUCCCCAAGUUGGUAUGGAGCUUACACGUUAUGUGUGAUUUCGGUUCUGUGCAGCAUUUUGGGGUCUGUCUUGGUCAGCCUCCAAUGGUUGUCCCGUUGCCGUUCCGUGCGGACUCACUCCUGUCUGGUGGCCCCUGGCAGCCUGUUCGGGUCACCUGGGCAGGAUGACCACCGUCAUCUCCUGCCCACCUGAAACCUCACUGGAGAAGUCUGCACUUCAUUUGUACCUUGCUGUUCGGGCACGGGCGGGAUGUCUGCCGGUUCUGUUGUGUUUAUUCCCCACUUUGUAUAUUAUUUGUUGUCCUGUACUACUGUCAAUGGUAAAUAUUGUUUGGUAUUCUGUCGGAAAAAAAAAAAAUAGCCGAUAAUACAAGAUAGCAUGAACAAGCCCCAAGAUGAGUCAUUCAAGAGGGGAGAUCACUUAGAUGAAUGAGGGAGAAAAAAAAAUUUUUUUUGAUCAUCCACCAGAAGUAAUAAGGUCAUCUCCUUCCCUCCACAAAAGGACAAUGUGAUCUUAGGUUGCAUUAAGAUGAGAACAAAGGAGGGGCUCGCCUUGGUAAAUCCCCUGGAGAUUUUGAAGGGUUUAAAAAGUCUUCAGUGGAGCCAGAGGAGAGAGCCAACAGGGUGAGGAGCCUAGAAUCAGAAAGUAUAAGAAGUUUGGGGAUAUUUAUGGUGUGGUCUUCAAAUACCUAACUGACAGACAUAUGAAAAGAAAUCUAGAUUUAUCUUUGAAAUCUCUGGAGUUUUAAACUGCUAAGUCACUUCAGUUGUGUCCUACUCUU